AUGCUGCCAGCACUCUCUCUUGUGGUCACCCUCGUUGUAGCGCUUGCCCUAGGCGCAGCCGCUGCCGGGUGCCAGCCGGCCGACGUCCGCUGCACCGAAAUGGCGAGCUGCGCGCCGCUCCACGGGCCGGCCUGUGUUCUUGAUGGCGAGCUGGCGGGGUUGGAUGUGAACGAUGAGCUGUUGGAUGCGCCGAGGAGUGCGAGGGCGAGCCAUGCGGUUGGCACGUGCUGGAUGGGGAGAUGCAAGGCGGAGAUGCCGGUGAGCGAUGGCCCCGGCUACGUGGUCGACGCCUUCUCGCCCGAGGCCUACGCCUGGGUCGAUCUGAGCAAAGACAGCAAUGCGACGGAGUUGAAUAUGGGCCGUGAUGACGACGGUGUGACAAUGGCGCUUCCGUUUGCUGUUCCGGUGUACUCAGCUUGGCACGGAGUGGUCACCAUCGGCUCCAACGGGCUGCUUGGCUUUGGCCGCUUCUCGCCGACCUCGGUCCCGCACUCGCCCGAAUCACUCCCGGCAUAUCGUAUGCAUGGGACGGUCCUUGCGCCGUACUGGUGCGAUCUGGACUUGUCGCUGGCGGGCAAGGUCUUUGUCCGUAGCUUUGGCUCGGGCUUGACCGCCUCGUGGCUCGUCCAGUUUGACCGCGUGGCCCAGUACGGCGCCAAGUCGCUCGGCGUGGAGACGGCGUCGUUCCAGGUCCGGCUCCACCCGUCGGGCGAGAUACAUGUGCAGUACCGCAAGAUGCCGAGUGCGCGUGGGGGUGAGCGUGGCGAGGUCCGCAAGCAUGCCAUCGGAAUCCAAGAGUCGGAGACCGGCGACGCGCUGACGGUGCGCAUCUCGCGCGAGCCGCUCGGCGGCUCGGUCGGCCUCAUUCUCAAGCCGCAGCGUAUCCCCCCGCCGCUACCUUGGGACGCGGCCGCGUCGCUCUUCAAGCUUGUUGAUCCAGCAUCCAAGAUCUUCCCGUUCGAGUCAAACAUCUUUGCGCUUGGCGACCGGUUCCACUUUAUUGAGCGCAUCCAUCUCGAAAGCCAGCUGGUGGUGUACUCGGCGCGCGAGAGGGCAACCGGUGCGCUGGUGGCCAUUAAGAUUGCGCAGCUCGACCACGAUCCCGACGAGCGGCCGCCGGUUGGCGAGGAUGUCCCGCGCGACGUCCGGGUCCAUGCCGUGGUGCAAGGCCACCCGCGAAUCAACAAGCUCGUCGACUGGGUUCCGCUCGUCGAGACCGGAACGUACGCGCUUGUCAUGGAGUUCCGCAACACCUCCGAGGCUGUGACGCGUCUCGAGCUCCCGCAGAUCGCGCGGUACAUGGUCGACGCGCUCGGCGCGCUCGCGCACGUCCACGGCAAGGGCAUCAUCUACCGUGACUUUAAGCGCGACAACCUGUUCUACGAGCCGUUGACUGGCCGUGUAACGCUCAUGGACUUUGACUGCUCCACGUUCCACGAUCCGGCGAUCGGGCACACGUCGAUGACCGGAACCGAGGGCCACCUCGCGCCCGAGAUGGAGGGCAUCAACGCGGCGUACAAGGCGGCCAAGAAGGUGGCCGAGGAGGCGGCCGAUGCCGCCGGAGGCGACGCUGGCGACCCGCCACGCCACGGCCUUGCCAAAAACUAUGGUAUUGUCGGCUACUCUUGGCCAGUUGACGUCUGGGCCGCCGGCGUGGUCUUUGGCGAGCUCCUCUUCCAUCUCGAGGACAAGGGCGAGGUACCGUGGUCCGAGUUCUACUCUACGCGCUCUUGCGGGCUAUGCUCGAUCCAGACCCGGUGA